AUGGCUCGCAUUGCUGGGAAGAAACAAGUUGUUGAAAACGGAUCUGAAGUUGUGCUCCCUGCACACCUCGUUGGCCCUUCCGAUGCGGGCUUGUCAGGGAGAGAUUCGGACGAAGAUCAACACACAGAGGUCAACCAGGAGGGGCUGCAAAAUGGACCAACUCGCGCGCAAGCAGAGGCUCGCCUCCGUCGCAAAGUUGACAUACGGCUCUGCACCAUCGCUGGAAUUCUCUGCAGUCUGAAUUUACUCGACAGUGGAAUUAUAUCCUCAGCGGCUGUCACAAGCAUGCUCUCUGAUCUCGACCUCCUCGGAAAUCGAUAUUCUGUCUCAAUAUUCAUCUUUACUGUUGCUUCUGUCGCCUGUCAACUGCCUGCGACUAUCCUAUUACGCUUCGUGGGACCUCGGUUGUUCUUUUCCUCAAUCACUUGUGCUUUCGGCAUAAUCACUAUGUGCACAGCCGCUAUAAGCAGCUGGCAACAGAUGAUAGCCCUUAGAGUCCUCCUUGGUAUUUCUAUGUCGGGUAUCUAUCCAGGGCUGACGUACCUGAUUUCAACUUGGUAUACCCGCCAUGAGCAGCAACUCCGAUUUGCGCUGCUGCAGUCAGGAGAGAUCAUCAUUCUCGCCACUGGCUCCAUCGUCAACUUUGGUCUGAACCACCUCGAUCAUCAGGACGGCCUUCGAGGCUGGCAAUGGAUGUAUUUGGUUCAAGGCUCGGUCACUGUCUUCCUCGGAUUGAUUACCUAUUUCUGGAUGGUUGAUUUCCCCGACCGCUGCGAGAACUCCUUCAGGUUCCUCACGGAUGAUGAGAAGAGCCUUGCCAUCUCUCGAAUUCACGAAGAUCGCCAUGAUGCCGGGAAACCAGAACCAUUCAGCUUGGGUAUUAUACUGGUUCACUUCUUCGAUUUGAAGCUAUACGCAUUCUGCGUGCUAUUCUUUCUACUCAACUUGGUGUCCACAGCUCUCUCGUACUUCUUGCCUAUUAUUCUGCAGAACGGAAUGGGUUUCGACUCGAAUGAGGCGAUUAUUCUGUCAUCUCCGCCAUACUAUUAUGCGGUAAUUCCUGUCCUGAUCUCUUCAUAUAUUGGAGACAAGUACAGGGUCCGGGCACCAGUCAUCAUUUUCAACGCGGUCUGCCUUAUCGUGGGAUUCUGCAUGCUAGGCUUCAGCAGUCAGGUAACUGUGAGAUAUAUUGGCACGUUCCUGGCCACGGGCGCAUACAUUUCCAACUGGGCCGCGCUCAAUGCUUAUCAAGCCAACAAUAUUGUGGGUCAGUGGAAGCGUGCCACAGUUGCAGCAGCCGUUUCUGCCUGCAAUGGAUUGGGCGGUAUAGCGGGCAGUUACAUCGUCCGCCAGCCAGAGGCCCCACGAUAUUUGACAGCAAUAUGGGUCAGCAUUGGGAGCCAUAUUUUGAUGAUCGUAUUGGUUUCGGUGUGUACUCUGUGGUUCUGGUUCGCAAAUCGCAAAUCAAAGAUGAAGGGAACUUUGAUCGAGGGUGUCACGGACUUUCACUAUACUUAUUGA